ACCAGAGGCAAUCCCAUUCGCAGUCAGCUCAGACAAUCAGACCCAUUCGACCCAGACACCAACCACCCACCCUCCCUUCCCGUCGGUCGGGGUCCUCAAUCCUCACUCCUCAGGUAUGCGGCGGCAUGGGUGACAGGGACACGUUCCCAGCGCAGAACUACUAUGUAA